AUGCGGUUGGACAGGUCCAUCGAUCACGCUUCCCGUGGAUCCUUUUGGUACUCCUACAUGUGGAAAAGCUACAUCCAAAACAUUUUGCCAGAAGGAACCAAUGGGGUGGUGGUGGUGUUUUCCAGCUCGUGUGGAAGAGCGUUUACCUAUCGCCUGGAUGGUCCCAAGACUACGUAUCUGGGUGGUGGGGACCUUCAUGACCCCAAAUAUAACUACCUGGGCACAUCCAAGACACUCUAUGAUAUUAUGUAUGGCACCAGGCAGUCUACAGAAGGAAGCAGCUACUCGGGGCUUCCCAUGCCCAAAACAUAUUGUGUUAUGACACCCAGCGUCUAUCCCUCACAAGAUUUUGAAGAUGAAUAUCACCAGUGGGCCGGCGAUCUUCACAACAUUGGCUGCAUGUAUCUUUGUCUUUACAUCCCUGGUUUUCAUCAGCUACGACUGCACUGUGGCAAGAUGACAGCACAUUGUCAUGCAAAGAGCUCUGGCCUCUGGAGCCAUUGUUUCUUCCCUAUUCCCGAAAAGGUGAAGCAGCAGCUAUAUGACGAACAAACACAAGAACAGAAGAAGCAAAAUACAGUCAAAGAGUUCAUGACAUUGCCAGAAUCUGCCGACAAAGCUUCAAUCAACAGUAGCAAGCCCAUUGCGGAUCUCUUUGACAACACCACAGUCUUCUUCACGGAUUUGGCGGGCUUUACCGCCUGGAGUGGCAAACAAACACCGGUGGAAGUGUUUGAACUCUUGGAAAAUCUAUAUGGUGCUUUUGAUGCUGUUGCAAAGGUGAGCCGGGAACAAUCAGGUGGCACCAUGGUUGAUUCAAUCUUUGCUCAUCCAGUUGCUGUCUACACAUGACAACAGCGCCGCAGAGUCUUCAUACUUGAAACAAUUGGGGAUUGCUAUAUUGCAGUUACUGGUAUGCUGCUUUGUACUGCUGAGGGUUCCAUGCACUUGCUGCAUUAUGACAAAUCUAACAGGCAUGCAUUGUUACAUUUCCCAAAUGAAGGCUUUGGCAUCCUUCCAUUCAACUUCAUCGCCUGCUCGCCACCAGCUAUUUCUCUGAGGCUCCACUAAGUUAUGUCUCAUGAUUCCCUAGAUUCCAUGCUACACUCAGGCUUCCUAUUGUUGCCCCAUUAUCUCCAUCCCAUGUGGCGUAUGUCUAGUUGCACUUGUCAAGGAUCUGCACUUGGAGAGUAUGCCAGUGAGGUACUACGACUGUAGUACCUACUCUUUGAAAUCUGUUCUGUAUUCUUGAGCGUCAGUGCUACGGUAGCUGCAGCCAGUCAAGGUAUGUGGCCUGGAGAUGGACCCGGUAGGUCCUGGUGUUUGCCCUCGAGUUGGUCUGGGUGUGUGAUCAAGAGUGCAUGCAGUCAUACUCGGGACUGAAGUUCUUACCAUUUUCCACGCUGCGGCAAUGUACACGUGUACUGCUUCCGAGUGACGACCGUUCCUUU